UAACGUGUAAACACGUAGAUGUCUUUAUUGAACUACUAGUGUAAGUACAGUAGAGCAGCUGAUGAAUCGGUGAACUGUAGCGAUUGAUGAAUCGGGGCUGGACUGAUGGAGACUGAGACAAGUGACGUAAGAGCUUGGACACGUCACGGGCAAAGAUGGCAGAGGUUUGGAGAAAGGAAGAAGUAUUUACAAUGUCGUGUAACAACAUAGCGAGUGUUGCAGUUAAGUAAUGUUAUAAACUUUUGUAACUUGUGUUUACAUUUGUGAUAACGAUGUAGUAGUUGUUAUACGUCUUAAAUUUGAAAUAAGUUUUUUUUUUUUUUAAGUUUACACAGCGAUAAACAUCACCUACUGAGCGAGUUUAAAGUUCAUAGCAUACGUGACAUUUAAAUGGGUUGACUUUUUAGAAGUAAUCACUGGCGAUUAAGAGAAAACAGACUGUAUUGGACGAGCAUCAGCCAUUUCAAUUGGCUCCCUGUCUUAGGACCCUUGUGAAUGGAAGCGCGUGAUGGAUCUUCACUCGGACGGCCUCCUUGCACAGGGCAGUGUAGCCCCAGGCACCAUGGAGGACAAGCCUCAACGCGAAACAAUAGCCAGUCACAACCUGGGGGUAGGAAGCCAACCCCCGGGAGAGGAAGCCAGAACAGAUGAAACAGGCUCCCCCCUCCCUGAAGCUCCCCCAGCAGCAGAGGAGAACUCUGCAGGCAGCUUGCCCAAUGACCUGUGUAACCCGGCUGGGGAUACAGAAGAAUCAGACUCCUUCAGUCUCAUUGAGCCCCCUCCUUUGGACUGGAGUGAGUCCGGAAGCCUGGAUUCCUCCAUUGACAGUGUGGGGUGCUCUGCCCCGGAGGCAGACAGGGAUGGCAUGUCCUUUAAGGCUGAAAUGGAUUUACUGCCAGAUCAAUUUAACCAACUUGAGCCACUCCCAGACCUUGGGUUGGACGAGUCUGGCGCUGUGGCCACAGAUCUCCACAGAGUUGGGUUACAACAGAGCGAUGACGAACAAGAGGACAGGUUGGCAGGCUGUGAGGAAGAGGAAGAGGAUACUAGUGGGGAUUAUAAGAUGGAAGACGAAGACCACAGCCAGAUCCAGGCGCUUCUAGCCAGGCUUCAAACAUACAGCCAGCCCCCAGCGACUCGUUCCCUCUCCCACUUCCCCAGCAUGGGGGAACGGGUCACCUCUGCCGUAGAGGACUUGGUUUCAAGCGUAGCGCUGAGCGCGAGGCAUGACGUAGGAGAUCACGAUCCACAGAGAGACAGGAACACUGGGCUGCUCUUCUCUGAGGCAAACCAGAGAGACUUGUUGAACCUCUUGGACGAUGGUGGGCUGGGGGAGGAGAGGGAGCAGAGAGAGGAGAAAGCCCCUCCUCGAGCACAGUACCAGGCACAGGGCAGCGAGGUUGACUCUGUGGUGAGCAUCACUUAUGACGAGGCGGAUGGGGGAUUUGGAGAGACGCAGGGGAAGAACUCUCUUGGGCGUGGCCGACCGGCUGGAGCGGAGGUCAGCAUCUAUCCCUGCAGCCCUGAGGAACAGCCGGAGCCAGUUUGGAUGAAAACAGCCAACUCCUCGAUGCCAGAGGAGCAGCAGCAGCAAACACAGACUGAGGAGGCUAGUAGCAAGAACUGUCCAGCUUACAAGGAAGUGCCUGGUCCCUGUGACCCAGAGGAUCUGCUGGAUGGCGUGAUCUUUGGGGCAAAAUAUCUGGGCUCCACCCGACUCCUCUCCGUUAAGAACCCCUCUACCAGCACCCGCAUGGCACAGGCUCAGGAAGCCGUUGACAGGAUUAAGGCUCCUGAUGGAGAGUCCCAGCCAAUGACAGAGGUGGAUCUCUUCAUUUCCACCAAGAGGAUCAAGGUGCUCAGUGCGGAUACGCAGGAGGCCAUGAUGGACCACUCCUUGCAGUCGAUCUCUUACAUCGCCGAUAUCGGCAGCAUUCUUGUCCUGAUGGCUCGCAGGAAGCUGCCAGGCCAGCGCGCUGCAGAGGGAGAGGGGGAGGGGGAGGGGGAAGCAUCCUGCUCACCAGCUCAGAAGAAGUGCUGCAUGAUCUGCCACGCGUUCCACUCAGAGGACGCUCAGCUCAUUGCUCAGGCGAUUGGCCAGGCGUUCAGCGUUGCCUAUCAGCAGUUCCUGCAGGUGAACGGCAUCAAGCCCAGCGAGCUGCAGCCCAGCGAGUACAGCGACUACCUGGGGACUCAGGAGCUCUAUAACGGGGACCUGGUGCACUUCUCCCGCUCCGAGAACAUCCGCCAGGUGUGCAUUGAGAAGCCGCGUGGGGAGAUCCUAGGCCUGGCCAUCGUGGAGUCUGGCUGGGGUUCCAUACUGCCCACUGUGGUAGUAGCUAACCUCCUCCACGGGGGGGCAGCAGAGCGCUGUGGGGAGCUCAGUAUCGGGGACAGAGUCAUGUCUGUCAACGGCACUAGCCUGGUGGGGCUGCCCAUCACCACCUGCCAGAGCAUCAUCAGGGAUCUGAAGAACCAGACAGAGGUGAAGCUCAGCAUUGUGCACUGCCCUCCCGUUACCAUGGCGAUCAUCAAACGGCCGGAUCCCAAGUACCAGUUGGGCUUCAGUGUCGAGGAUGGAAUUAUCUGCAGCCUGAUGCGGGGUGGCAUUGCGGAGCGAGGCGGGAUUCGUGUGGGGCAUCGCAUUAUUGAGAUCAACGAGCAGAGCGUGGUUGCCACGCCACACGAGAAAAUCAUCCACAUCCUGACCCAUGCCGUGGGAGAGAUCCACCUGAAGACCAUGCCAGCCUCUACCUACCGCCUCCUCACAGGUCAGGAGCAGCCUCUGUUUCUGUGACGGCCUCCCAGGGGCCGAUGCAGGCGUAGGGAGCAACACAGCCCAGAGGGAAGAGCCCGACACUGGCAUGAAUUCUCACCCAUGUCCCCUGCACAUUCAAGCAGGGUACUCCAUGGUGCCUUCUGCUAUACACUAUCUGCGGGAUACUGCCAGGGAAUAUUCUCAUUAUUUCAUGCAGUGAACUUGUCUUUGCAUCUUUUUGCGUCUGUUCCUCCAAAGGCACCAGAUUGUGAACCUGCCAGCAGCACUUGUUGAGAGAUGUGUGGAGCUCAUCCAUGCUGUAGUAUUGCACUCUCAACUAAAUGCUAUUAAAAGAAUUAUAAAUCAGUCCUUCACAUUGUGCUAAACUGUUGGUGGUACAAUGUCCAAUUCAAACUUCUUAUGUGUAAUAUUUGAGAAUGUACACCCAGGUCAAAUGUGUCUAUUUCUUUAGGUUUAGACACUUCAAUUUAUAGCCUCUUCAUUGAAGUGAUUUAAAAAAUGACUUUUCUUCACAACAGUACCACCCCCCCCCCCCCCCCCCCCCAGAAUUGUAUACUGUUGCCCUUUAGUUAUCCAAUGCAAAGCACAGUUUGCUGUCUGUGGAAAACCAGCUGAAAGAACACAGAAUGAACCGUAGCAAAAAGCCCACCGGGAUCACCUUGAGUUUGGAUUAUCCCCUGCACUGUGGUUCUCUGGGAGGUCAUGGAUGGGAUGGGAUGGGAUAAGUGGUGCCUGCCUGCCUGCGUGCCUGCCUGCCUGCUCACACCAGAUUACAGCUAAAGCACAUGCUUCUUUAACGGGUAAUAGCCAAGGCAUCAAAUACCAUAUCCUAGAAAUAGCACAGCAACUUUCUACAAAAUCCUGUAUAUCAAUUUGCUGUGUUUCUUUUUCUUCAAAGAGAGAAAGAGGUUAGUGUUGUGGCAGGGAAAAGGGACUUCAAGAAAGUUUAAAUUAAAAAUAAGCCUUUUAUACGAGGUCUGUCUGUGCCUUGCUGUGCUCCACAAUUCAACCAUCUUACCGAAGGCUUUGAGUGGGUUUGAAAUGGUUGUCUUUGGUAGAAGAUACAUUUAAAAUGCAAACAUGUUUAGCGUACAAAUACUGUUGCAGUGUCUUGUUUUCUAAAACCUUUUUCUCAACUUUUGUCCUCCAUUUGUGUUUGGGAUUAUCUUUCUCUUUUUUGUUCUGGCUGUACUAUAAAGAUAGGGCCCUUGUGAGAUCAUUGCUGUGCUGUUGGGGAGUAAGAAUGUGUUUUUUUAAGUCUUGUAUCAGUUCUUUUAAGAGUCUUCCUUCACUCCUGUGCGGUGGAGCUCCGGGCGGCCGGGUACCAGAGGGCUCAUGCAGUUUCAGCACAUUGACCUCUAUCAUAGACUCUUAUUCUUCUAAUUUUCUUAAUGGGAUGGUUGAUGAUGCUUUUUUUAUAUAACCUAAAGCAGUAUUGGCUGCAAAUAAAAAUAAUGAAAUACUGAUGUGAA